AUGAACCGAUUCUUCCUCCUCGUCGCCCUGGCCUUAUCGGGCUUGGCCUUGGCGGCCCGAUCUGGCAAGAGGAAGAUCGAUUCGGAUGGAAUUCUGGAUGAGGACGCCACUGACAGAUUUGACUCAUUCAAGAGCAAAUUCAAGCGGAACUGCACCGAUGGAACCACCGCGUGCAAGCAGAGGAAGAGAAAUUACGCCAAGAAUUUGAAGCGGCUGAAGGAGCUGAAUGAGACGACGAAUGGAGACUACGAGGUGGAGGAGAACAAGUUCAUGGACUGGUCGGACGACGACAUGAAGAAGAUGGUCUUCCCGAUCGACGGCAUGCCAAAGCCUCAGACCGACAACCUGGACCUGAGCGACCCGGUGCAGCUGAGGAACAAGAGGGCAGCGGCGGCGAACUUUGAUUGGCGAACAACAACGGCUGUAAAUCCGAUCAGAAAUCAGGGCAGUUGCGGAUCAUGCUGGGCUUUUGCUUCGGUAGCGGCUCUUGAGACCCAGAUGAACUACAAGAACAACAGGACGGGCGCGUUGAGGAGGUCGUAUUCGGAGCAGACUCUCGAGAAGCCGGUCUCCGCAGUGUCCAUCUUCACCGGAAAUGUCAGCCAAACCGUGACUUUCAUCAAAAACCAAGGACCAGUUACGGCCUGCUUCUACGUCUGCAACAGUUUCUACGCAUACGCAUCGGGAGUGAAAAUGACUAGACCCUCGGUCCUGCUAUUCCUCGGAUUGGCUACCGUAGCCCUCGGCUCGUUCGGGUCGGAUUUGGACGGGGUCCUUGACGGUGAUGUUCUACAGCAAUUCCAGGAGUUUUUAAAUAGCUUCAAUAAAACGUGCGAUCCCGGAUCGGCCGAUUGUCUCCAGCGCCAGAAAAACUUUGCCAACAACUUGGAGCAGUUGAAGAAGUUUUCGAAUUCUUCGGAUGAUGGCGCAGAGUUCGGGAUGAACCAUUUUAUGGACUGGUCGCCGGAGGAGAUGAAGCGGAUGACGUUCAACCAUGAAUCGACCGGUCCGACAGCCGAUGCACCUUCCGCCGGCGCGAUCCGGGCCAAGAGACAGUCAGUUCCGGGCCCUGUCUAUGAAGAGGAGGUCGUACUGCUCGACGCCGACUUCCUAGACCCAUUUUUUGCAUUUUUCCAGCAGGACGAUGAACGACAC